AUUCCAGUAGGAUGUAAUGGCGUUUUAAUAGUUCUCAUCCCCAAUAUAAUCCAACACGUUAGUUUCCGUUAAAACCAAUUCAAUUCCUAUAAAAACCAUUAAAUCCAUUAGAAUUUCUGUGACAUUUUCCCAUCCGUGUGGAAUUAGUUAAAUGUUUUUCUUGAUGUCAUCCUUUAGGUUUUUUACAGUAAAUUCAACGUCGACCAGUAGGAGGACAGAUGCACGGCAGGUGCCCCUCCAUCACACCCCUCCCACCAGAGCGGGGCUAAACAAGCCCUCCUCACGUCCUCCGGCAGGCGACGACAGCAAACACAAGUAUGAGAUCUUUCCCCUGUCCUCCUCCGACAAAAAACACUGAAAUCAUGGUUCUGAAGUCAUGUCAUCGCAUUACCCUAACGUUCACGAGCUGCUCUGAAGACCGUAUAAAGUGUUGCGCAGACUGAAUCCAGUCACAGGAUGAAAUGCUUUUCCCGGUACCUGCCUUACAUCUUCAGACCGCCGAGUACCAUCCUCUCGUCCAGCUGUCACACUGAGGCUGACAUCAUAUCAACAGUUGAGUUCAACUCUACAGGAGAGCUCCUGGCCACUGGAGACAAAGGUGGACGUGUGGUGGUCUUCCAGAGAGAGCAGGAGAGUAAGAACCAGCCUCAUCGGCGAGGCGAGUACAAUGUUUACAGCACCUUUCAGAGCCAUGAGCCCGAGUUCGACUACUUGAAAAGCCUGGAGAUCGAAGAGAAGAUCAAUAAGAUCCGCUGGCUGCCUCAACAGAACGCUGCGUAUUUUCUCCUCUCCACCAACGAUAAAACUGUGAAGCUUUGGAAAAUUAGCGAGCGAGAUAAACGACCGGAGGGAUACAACUUGAAGGAUGAAGAAGGACGAAUCCGGGACCCCACCACCAUCACGGCUCUGAGGGUGCCUGUGUUGAGGCCCAUGGACCUGAUGGUGGAGGCAACACCUCGCCGCAUCUUCUCUAACGCACACACCUACCAUAUCAACUCCAUCUCAGUCAACAGCGACUAUGAGACGUACAUGUCCACAGAUGACCUGAGGAUCAACCUGUGGAACCUGGAGAUCACAAACCGAAGCUUUAACAUUGUGGACAUAAAGCCGGCCAACAUGGAAGAGCUGACGGAGGUGAUCACAGCAGCCGAGUUUCACCCUAACCAGUGUAACACAUUUGUGUACAGUAGCAGCAAGGGCUCCAUAAAACUGUGUGACAUGAGAGAAUCUGCACUGUGUGACAACCACUCCAAAUUGUUCGAGGAACCAGAAGACCCCAGUAAUCGCUCAUUCUUCUCAGAAAUCAUCUCCUCCAUCUCAGACGUAAAGUUCAGCCACAGCGGACGUUACUUAAUGACACGCGACUACCUCGCAGUGAAGGUGUGGGACGUCAACAUGGAGAACAAACCUCUGGAAACUUACCAGGUCCAUGACUACCUGAGAAGUAAACUGUGCUCACUGUAUGAGAAUGAUUGCAUCUUUGACAAGUUUGAAUGUGUCUGGAAUGGGACUGACAGCGUCCUAAUGACAGGCUCCUAUAACAACUUCUUCCGUAUGUUUGAUCGAAACACUAAGCGCGACGUGACGCUGGAGGCCUCACGGGAGAACAGCAAACCCAGAGCCAUCCUCAAGCCGCGCAAAGUUUGUGUCGGCGGGAAACGGCGCAAAGACGAGAUCAGCGUGGACAGCCUGGACUUCAGCAAGAAGAUCCUUCACACAGCUUGGCACCCCAGUGAGAACAUCAUCGCUGUGGCCGCCACCAACAACCUCUAUAUAUUUCAGGACAAGGUCAACUAGCGUGUAGCUCGGAUGUCUAACCUCAGCGUCUUGAGGCGUUAAAGACUCGGCCUAUGAAAAUUGGACUCCAAUGGACAGUUUCAAGAGAGCAGACUUUGCCUUCACAGCAGACUGUCUGUACUGCAUUGAAUUUAACCAAAUGUACAACUUGAAGGUGCACUGCAAACAACGGACAACCACAUUGGACUGCUUUUAUUUCUCUUCCAAUGUUCUCCCUUGCUGUAGCUUGUGGUGGUUACGCAGCAAAACGAUCCUUUUGCGUUUUAGGUUACUGAAGGCCCUUCCACGUGACUCAUAGCCUCAAAGGCACCCGACCUCUUCAGGAAAGCUGUAGUUACCAGGAAAUUAAAUGUAUGAAGCUUUAUUCCCCAAAACAUUUAACCCUAAAAGUCUCGCAGCGAAUUGUAGAUUCAGCAAGGUACCGCCCACACAUGAUAACGUCUUGCUAAUUGUCCUAAGUCAUGGGCCCGGUUUCACAAGCAAAGUUUAGCUUAAACCAAGACUACGCCUUUGUUAAAAUUAGGAUAUAUAAGUGGCUUUUAAUAAAAUGCCUUUAAUAAAAACAUUACUGGUGUGCAUCUUGAGACAAAACAAUGGCAAAGACAUAUUUAAAGAUAUGGCUGGGCAAUUUAUUUCAGUUACGACAGCUCUGUGAAACUGGGCAUUGAAGUUAAACUCAACCUAGGCCAAAUGUUAUAGCUUAAAAUUACAGUAUCGAGUACAGUACAAACACUGAGGCGAGUCACAUGAAAGAGUCUUAAAGGGAGUAGUUCACCCAAUAAUGACAAUUCUGUCAUCAUUUACUCACCCUCGUCAUUAUAAACCUGUAUGACUUUCUUCAGCAGAACACAAAAAAAGAUAUAUUGAAGAAUGUUGCUAACAGAACCCAACAACGGUACCUAUUGAAUUGCAUUGGUUUUAAUGUCCACACAAUAGAAGUGAAUAGGUACUGCCGUUGUUCGGUUAACCAACAUUCUUCAAAAUAUCAUCUUUGAUGAUGACAGAAUUUUCAAUUAUGGAAACAACAGGAAACGUUUCGAUGGAAGCAACAGUAUUCAGCCACCGUCUGAUUCUGGGAUCGUGGCAGGACUGAGGAUGUUUUUCAGUUUAGUCCUAUUAUUAGUAUUUUACUCCAUGAAGGUGCAUGCAUCAUUUCUGAAUCUAGCUGUGGGUUCUUUGAUGCAACAAACAUAGGAAUGCUGUCCAUGUAGCAAAUGACCUAACGGUAUG